AUGAGAGGCCAUCAAAACGGGCCCGUCAAGCUUGUGAGCCUUGCCGCGUGCUUGGCCGACGCAUCUGACCCUUCUAGCCGGAAAAAGUCGCGUUGCCCUGGAGAGAAGCCUACUUGCUCAUAUUGCGAACGCUUGGGUCAAAGAUGUGUCUAUGCUGGGAGCGAGCCCGUAGAUGAAGGAUCAGGGCAUUCCAAGAAGAUGAUGGAACAACGCAUUUCUGGAAUCGAGGGCAAGCUGGAACAGUUAAUGAAUUACAUCACGUAUCAACUGAUUGACACCACAGGCGCCCUGCUUCUACCGCUCCUUUUUCGCCGACGGUCCCUGGUGAUCACUCUACAAUCCGUGCGAUUCCGCCCGAAAAGGACUUCAGAUGCUCAGCUUUAUCUGACAUUCUGUAACUCACAGCCCCUUCUGCUAUUUCCUUACCGAUCUUCUCUGGCUUCUUUAGGGGCACGAGAUCCUGAAAUUCUACUAGCCAUGGAAGCCAUGGGUGCUCGAUUUAGAGACCAGGGAGUUCAGGAUAAUGAUAUUCAUGGAGAGAUUAGGAGUAAAACAGAAAGGGCUUGUCAGAUAGUAAUGAUGCGGAUAGGAUCAGGUACGGUGGAAUUAUCAACAUUGCAGACUUUGUGCAUCCUCAGCAUGCUGGAAUUCACUGCGGGUCAUAUCAUCCGCGCUGGGUCUUAUACAAGACUUGCUACCUACUUCAUGCAAAAUCUCAGAGUAGAUAGUCUCGAUUCUUUGAGCAAUUUGGAGACCGAACGCGAUGAGCGCAAGCUGUGCUACACAAGUCUUAUCAUCCUUCGGAAUAUUCAAGGGUCAUUACAGUCGACCCAUUGGGGAGAAAGUUUAGACCCACUCAAAGAGCCUGGGGAACUAAACUUCCCAAUGGGACUAAGAUCAUCCAGUCAAGAUGUUGCCCGAGGUAGUGGCAGCGACACUAAACCAGAUAUUGGAAUCAAUGGUUCCAGUAUUUACACAAGUGAACUAUGGGCCAUGGCGUGCAAAUAUGCCUCCAGUCAUGUGGGAGUUGAUGCUCAUUCACCAUGGUCACCUAGAUCCGAUUACAGUAUGAUCAAUUUUCGCCAUUGUGAGCACGAGAGCCUGAUGCCACUGAGAUUUCGACUUCAUGCAAGUCGUUUCCAAGAUUAUCCAUCCGCCGAGCUUCAAGCUCAUCGCGACUACUGGGGACCAUGGCUGUUUUACCAGAUGGUGUGGCAUGCGGUCCCUUGUUUAGUCAAUCAUCCAUUCCUCCUUUCUAUGCGACUUCGAAACUUCCGAAGGACCAUGCCGCAGUCGUUUCUUCGCAAUUCUUUCGAGCAGCUUACUUUCCAUUCGGGCUGGAUGGUUCACUUUAUCGAUCUUACAGACGCCAAGAAAUUCGAAAUAUCUGAUCCAACCAUAGGACAUUGUGUAGCAAUCGUUGCUACGAUUUAUCUUCAGCAUAGCUUUGUCGAAGAUGAAGGCUUCAACAGAAAGGCGCGAACAGGAUUUGAGAAAUGCCUUCGAUUUCUGCGCAACAUGGGCCGGCGGUGGCCACACAUUGAUCGCCAGGUUGCACAACUCGAGCAGCUUCGGGAUAGUGUUUCCCCCGGGGGCUAA